UGACAUGUUCUACGGCGUCCUCCGAUUUUAUUCACGGAAAGUGUAACGCCAUAUUGCUUCCGUGAAUUCUGUGAAAUAUUUGUGCAUUUCUCUUUAAUCAUGACUAUAAUAUGAAAAUGGAGUGAUUAAAAAUAAUUCACUAUCAACGUUUAAUCGUGGGAAUAUAAUUUAAAUCAUCACAGCUUCAGAUUUUACGGGAAAAAGUGUAGUUCGAGCGGACGAUUAUGUCCUACGAGAAAAUGGAGGUGGUGAAUCCUGCAGAAAAAGAAGCCAGUGAGGUGCUGCACUCUCUGUUGUCAGUGGAGCGUCGUAGUGUUGACAGCAAGGAAGCGAUCAUUGUUUCCAUUCCCGCCGACCAAAAUGGUGGAGGCGAGUACGGCGAAAGUGCCCAAUGGCACACCCCAGUUAUGGGACAACAUUCAGUUUUUGAACUGAGUACAGCACAAGGUUUGCAACAACAUACUUACAAUGGACAUCAAGAACAGGUGCUUUGGCAAGGGCAUACAAUACAAGUGGAGAAUGGGGAUGGUAAUCUGCAAGCGAUGCAGGGAACAUACAGUAUUGAGUUUGAACCAAAUGUUGAUGGUGAAACUGGAGAUAUGGAAGUUGACACAAAACCAAAGGUUGAAAAAAAAGUUGCUGUUAAGAGAAAGAAAAAAAUGGCAGAAUCUGAUAGUGAUGAGGAUGUUUUUGAUAACAAAUUGGAAGAUAAUCCUGCACAGGUAAAAGAAAGACUGAAACGAGGCUGUGACUGCAAGGAUAAUUGUUAUAGAGGCCUCAACCCCGAAGCUGUGUACCGUCACAGACUAAAUAUUGCAGAAUUGACAAAAAGUGAGCAUGACAUGUACCUGAUGGGCAUUACAAUGGCAAGUUUGGCAAAUCCUGCGGAAACAUCUAGACACAAAGUCAGGAGGAGAUUAAGAGCGUGUUAUGUCUAUCAAGGAAGAAAGGUUUGUUUAGAAGCUUUUUUAUAUCUGGAAAAUGUUACGCAUUAUCAGCUCAAGCGAAUUCGACAGCAUGUUAUGACGCAUGGUGUGGCUCCCCGAAUACAUGGUAAUGUUGGUAAGAAGCCAUACAACACUUUCACAUUGGACAUUUACAAACAUGCUACUAACUUCCUUAAGGAAUAUUUAAAACAACAUGCAAGCUCACCGAAAGAUGUACAGCCAUCAGGGGAGGGAGGCAAGAAAACAAGCAAAACAGUUAUAAUACAAGGUGAUUCAAGGAAACACUUAUUUGAGGCGUACAAAGAGUAUGGGGAAAUUUUGGAACCCGGUGUAAAGCUUAUGGGCUACUCGACUUUCCGAGCAUUCAUGAAAGAUCAAUUUCCUCAAGUUAAGUUUGCGACCAAGAAGCAGGAGAUGCCAAAAGAUAUGGUGCCUUUCCGCAGCGGUAAGUGUAUGUCAUAUGACAAAAACAAAGACCCUAUUAGAAUACAGCAGGAGAAAGAGAAGGCUGAAGCUAAAAAGGCAGCGAUGGAAGCAAAGAAGAAAGAAGAUAUGGAGAGGGAGCAAGAAGCCCAACAACAGCAGCAACAACAGCAGCAACAGCAGCAGCAACAACAACAGCAACAACAACAGCAGCAACAACAAGUACAACACCAACAACAGCAACAAGUUCAACAAGUGCAAGUGCAACAACAUCAACAAAUGCAAAAUCAAGGUCCUCAUGUUGUUAUACAUCAGCAGCAACCGCAACAACAACAAACAAUGCAACAGCAGAUGUUGGUGCCGCAAGUGAGCCAACACCAACAAGUAUUGACUCAACAAGUGGGUGGUGUCCAACAAGUUUCACAACAGCACUGUGUACAGCCUCUGGGAGUGUCGGAGGACAGCGGGCAGCCUGUAGAGAUGGCUCAGCAGGUCAUCCCGCUGGCUGUUGUGCAGCAGCCGCAGCAGGCUUAUCUUGUUACUCCAGUGUCACAUUUCCAAACUCGUGUGCAAGGUGCCUGGUACAGACAUUGACACCAAAACAUUUCUCCUU